CUCUCUCCUGUAGGACGACCCCAUCGGUAACCUCAACACUGCCUUUGACGUGGCGGAGAAGUUCCUCGAUAUCCCCAAGAUGCUGGACGCUGAAGAUAUUGUUAACACCCCUAAGCCUGAUGAGAAAGCUAUCAUGACCUACGUUUCCUGCUUCUACCAUGCCUUCGCUGGAGCUGAGCAGGUGAGAGGCAGCAUCUGCUCUUCCUCAUACGGCACAUGGUCGGCGGCCGGUAUUUUCAUGUCAUACCAUUAUCAUCUGAAUCCUCUAUCCUUCCCCCAGGCUGAGACGGCUGCUAACAGGAUCUGCAAGGUCCUGGCUGUGAACCAGGAGAAUGAGCGUCUGAUGGAGGAGUAUGAGAAGCUGGCUAGCGAGCUGCUGGAGUGGAUCCGCCGCACCAUCCCCUGGCUGGAGAACCGAGUGGCGGAGCAGACCAUGCACGCCAUGCAGCAGAAGCUGGAGGACUUCCGGGACUACCGUCGCGUCCACAAGCCGCCGCGCGUUCAGGAGAAAUGUCAGCUGGAGAUCAACUUCAACACCCUGCAGACCAAACUGAGGCUGAGCAACCGGCCUGCCUUCAUGCCCUCCGAGGGCAAGAUGGUGUCGGACAUUGCCAAUGCUUGGAAAGGUCUGGAGCAGGUAGAGAAGGGCUACGAGGAGUGGCUGUUGACAGAGAUCCGCCGCUUGGAGAGACUGGACCACCUGGCUGAGAAGUUCAAGCAGAAGUGCUCCCUGCACGAAUCCUGGACUGCAGGGAAGGAGGAGCUGCUAACACAGAAGGACUACGAGUCGGCCUCCCUGAUGGAGAUCCGCGCCUUGAUGAGGAAACACGAAGCGUUCGAAAGCGAUCUGGCCGCCCACCAGGACAGAGUGGAGCAGAUUGCGGCCAUUGCUCAGGAGCUCAAUGAGCUGGAUUACCACGAUGCUGCCACCAUCAAUGCCCGGUGCCAGGGAAUCUGUGACCAGUGGGACAACUUCGGCACCCUGACCCAGAAAAGGAGAGAUGCUCUGGAGCGUGUUGAGAAGCUGUGGGAGACCAUCGACCAGCUGUACCUGGAGUUUGCCAAGCGGGCAGCGCCCUUCAAUAACUGGAUGGAUGGGGCAGUAGAGGACCUUCAGGACAUGUUUAUCGUGCACAGCAUCGAGGAGAUCCAGAGUUUGAUCACAGCCCAUGAUCAGUUCAAGGCCACUCUGCCCGAGGCCGACAAGGAGCGCAUGGCGAUCAUGGGAAUCCAGAACGAGAUUCUGAAGAUUGCCCAGACAUACGGCAUCAAGCUGUCUGGUAUAAACCCGUACACUAACCUCUCCCACCAGGACAUUAUCACCAAGUGGGAAACUGUGAAGCACCUUGUUCCUCUCAGAGACCAAAUGUUGCAGGAGGAGGUGGCGAGACAGCAGGCUAAUGAGAGACUCAGGCGUCAAUUUGCAGCUCAGGCUAAUAUCAUUGGACCCUGGAUUCAAACAAAGAUGGAGGAGAUCGGCCGCGUCUCAGUCGACAUCGCCGGCUCCCUCGAGGAACAGAUGAACAACCUGAAGACGUACGAGCAGAAUAUUAUCAACUACAAGUCCAACAUUGACAAGCUGGAAGGAGACCACCAGCUCAUCCAGGAGGCCCUUAUCUUUGACAACAAGCACACCAACUACACCAUGGAGCAUAUCCGCGUGGGCUGGGAGCAGCUCCUCACUACCAUCGCCCGCACCAUCAACGAGGUGGAGAACCAGAUCCUGACCAGAGAUGCCAAGGGCAUCAGCCAGGAACAGCUGAAUGAAUUCAGGGCCUCCUUCAACCACUUCGAUAGGAAGAGGAACGGCAUGAUGGACCCGGACGACUUCCGCGCCUGCCUGAUCUCCAUGGGCUAUGAUCUCGGUGAGGUGGAGUUUGCCCGCAUCAUGACGCUGGUCGACCCCAACAACACAGGCGUGGUCACCUUCCAGGCCUUCAUCGACUUCAUGACCCGAGAGACCGCCGAAACCGACACUGCUGAACAGGUCAUGGCUUCCUUCAAGAUCCUGGCGUCGGACAAGAAUUACAUCACAGUGGAGGAGCUGCGCAGAGAGCUGCCACCCGAGCAGGCCGAGUACUGCAUCAGCCGCAUGACCAAGUUCGUCGGGACCGACGCCCCCACCGGUGCCCUGGACUACAUCUCAUUCUCCAGCGCCCUUUACGGAGAGAGUGACCUGUAAACACCCUGCUCGCUCGCUCCAUCCUCCCCGCCCCCGGCCCACUGUCUCCGUACCCUUUAUAGCUACCAUGCUGUCUGUUCCGGUUCCUUGUGCCCCAGUUUUCAAACCUGCCUCUAGGGACUGGGAGGCUGUGCUUCAUAACCACAUUGUAAUGGUCACACUGGCGGUUAUUUUUUUUCCUCUUAUAUUACAAUAAAUAUCAGUAACGUCACCUCCCCAAAUUCAACAUUGUUUGUAUCUUGGCCCACAGUUGGUCACGCAAUGAUUUAGCCUGUUGGAGAAUAUCGGCCAGCUGCUACAAAUACUGCAGAUCACAAGCAGGCGAGUCUCACAUAUAAAAUGUUCUCUCGUGGUAAUUAUGAGCAAAGCCACCCAGUCCCUGUUUUAAAGGCAUGUCCUCCUCUUAGAUGGUGAUUCUUGGUUGGUUAUUGUUUUUGCCGACGUCCGCUGUCUUGUAGGCAUUGUCUGUACGACACCCCCUCGUUGCCGUGUAAUUAAGAUGCCGUGUUGCUGUGACGGUCCUCGUUUCCCUUAAAGCUCAUGGUUACAUCCAAGUACAUCAGAUCCUCUCAUCAGGAACAACGGCUGAAUGUUUAUUAACUGUUAAGUGAGUAUGGUUUUCUUAAGAAUGGUCGGGAAGAGCCAGAAUCAUUUUCUGGUGGUUUUGAGAACGUAGAUGGGAAUGGCCGUCAAAUUAGCAGGAGAAGUGUGCAGACCAAGGCGAGAUGGUAAUGAAACAAAAAUAUGAUGGGGAAGGAAGGAGAUCGAUCUGGAAGCCGCUUCAUUCAGCUGAGGGACGUGUGACUAAAAGCAUCCCAGCAAAAAAAGACUAGAUCUGGAGCUGGAUGCAAAGAGGUCCACUGUCCUUUGAAAAUGGUGUUAUAUAACCAUUGUACCUUCGUUAUAAACACGUUCUCUCUCCAUCUCAUGUUUGUUUGCUAAAGGGACAAUGCUGUUUGUAUGUUUAGUGUGUGAGAAAAUGUGAACUAAGAGUUUUAAGCAUGGGGAUGUGUUUCCUGUGUCACUGGAAAGUGCUUACAGUCAGAGGAUCUACAAGACAACCAUCCGCAGGGCUGUAAGACCUGCCCGUGGAGUAGAAGUGGAAUCCAGAUAAAAGAGGGUGGCUGUUAACUGGUCAGAUGCCAUCUCUGGUUCUGGUUCUCUGAGGAACGUGUCCUACUCUGUACUGCUGCCCCCCCAGCCUGUCCUGCACUUCUUGCUUCCUGUGAUGACAUAAGAGGCCUUCAUUGGUUCAAAUGGAUGUGACACCUUGGAAUAAAAAUGAAUCUAUACGACAACA